GAGAAAGAAAUGGAAAAGCAGAGAACUCUCUAUCAGCAAGCUCGCUUACAUGAUCGUGGAGCUGCUGAGAUGGUCCUACAGAUGAUUAGUGCAAGCAAAGGUCAUACAGGACCCAUGGUUGUUGAAACACUAAAACUUGGUAUUGCUAUUCUAAAUGGUGGGAAUACCAUAGUUCAACAGAAAAUGCUAGACUACCUGAAGGAGAAAAAGGAUGCUGGAUUUUUUCAAAGUCUGUCUGGCUUGAUGCAGUCCUGCAGUGUUCUUGACUUGAAUGCGUUUGAGAGACAAAAUAAAGCAGAAGGCCUGGGAAUGGUUACUGAAGAAGGAACUCUCAUCGUUCGUGAGCGUGGUGAAAAAGUGUUGCAGCAUGAUGAAUUUACUCGAGAUCUAUUUAGAUUUUUACAACUGCUCUGUGAAGGGCAUAACAAUGAUUUUCAAAAUUACCUACGUACUCAGAUGGGCAACACCACAACCGUGAAUAUUAUCAUUAGUACAGUGGACUAUCUCUUGCGUCUUCAGGAAUCAAUCAGCGACUUCUAUUGGUACUAUUCAGGAAAGGAUGUCAUUGAUGAAUCAGGGCAACGUAACUUCUCUAAAGCUUUGGCUGUCACCAAACAAAUAUUCAAUUCCCUUACAGAAUAUAUCCAGGGCCCUUGCAUAGGUAAUCAACAGAGUCUGGCUCAUAGUAGGCUAUGGGAUGCAGUUGUUGGCUUUCUUCAUGUCUUUGCCAAUAUGCAGAUGAAACUUUCACAGGACUCUGCUCAGAUUGAAUUGCUUAAAGAACUACUAGAUCUGCUAAAGGAUAUGGUAGUGAUGCUGUUGUCACUGCUUGAAGGUAACGUUGUAAAUGGAACUAUUGGAAAACAAAUGGUAGACACGCUCGUAGAAUCAUCUAGCAAUGUAGAAAUGAUUUUGAAGUUCUUUGACAUGUUCCUCAAGUUAAAAGAUCUGACUAACUCAGAUGCGUUCAAAGAGCAUGACCCAGAUGAAGCUGAUGAAAAUGAUAUGUUUAACUAUGUUGAUUUUGUGGAAAGAUUCCAUGAACCAGCCAAAGACAUUGGAUUUAAUGUAGCAGUAUUGCUAACAAACCUUUCAGAGCACAUGCCUAAUGAUUCACGCCUUCAGAGCUUACUCGAACCUGCGGAAAGUGUUCUUAAUUACUUUGAACCAUACCUUGGCCGUAUUGAGAUAAUGGGUGGAGCCAAGAAAAUAGAAAGAGUUUACUUUGAAAUCAGUGAAUCCAGUAGAAUGCAGUGGGAGAAGCCACAGGUGAAAGAAUCCAAAAGGCAGUUCAUAUUUGAUGUUGUAAAUGAAGGAGGAGAACAAGAAAAAAUGGAACUCUUUGUGAAUUUCUGUGAAGACACGAUCUUUGAAAUGCAAUUAGCAUCCCAGAUCUCUGAAACGGAUUCAUCUGAGAGGCCUGAGGAAGAGGAAGAAGCAGAGACUUGUUAUGUAGUAGAUAUUGGAGAUGAUGAGGAAGAAGAAAAGUCCCUGGAAUCUGCAUCAGCUUUUGCAAUGGCCUGUGUUGCAGUAAAGAAGAAUGUUGCCAACUUUUUUAAAAUGGUCACUCUGAAGAACCUAAGGAAACAAUACAGGAAAGUUAGAAAGAUGACAGUAAAAGAGAUGGUGAAAGUGUUUUUCUCCUUUUUCUGGAUCUUAUUUGUAGGGAUGUUUCAACUGUUCUUUACUAUAGUGUGGGGAAUUUUCCAGAUACUUUGGAGCACUGUAUUUGGGGGUGGCCUGGUUGAAGGAGCCAAAAACAUUAAAGUUACUAAAAUAUUGGGAGACAUGCCUGACCCAACACAGUUUGGAAUCCAUGAUGAUGUUAUGGAAGCAGAAAAAGCUGAAGGCGCUGAGCAUGGCAUCAGAGCUGAACUUGUGCAGUUUGUGAAGGGUGAGAAGGGAGAAAGUGACAUAAUCUCAGACAUUUUUGGCAUUCAUACAAAGAAAGAAGGUGGCUCAAAACAUGGACAUGAUGCUGGACUUGGAGAUAUUGCAGAAAUCCUGGGUACUGAUUUCCAGUCAUCUUUGGAAAACACAGUUCGUAAGAAAAAAGGAUUACAG